ACCUGGAACAGAGACAGGCAGGCCGCAGCGGCCAUCCCUCGCCUGAGAGAUGGGGAGGCAGCCGUGCUGCGACAAGGUGGGCAUGAAGAAGGGCCCGUGGACGGCGGAGGAGGACCAGAAGCUCGUCGGCUUCCUCCUCACCCACGGCCACUGCUGCUGGCGCGUCGUCCCCAAGCUCGCAGGGCUGCUGAGGUGCGGGAAGAGCUGCAGGCUGCGGUGGACCAACUACCUGAGGCCCGACCUCAAGCGGGGCCUCCUCUCCGACGACGAGGAGCGGCUCGUCAUCGACCUGCACGCGCAGCUCGGGAACAGGUGGUCCAAGAUCGCGGCGCAGCUACCGGGGAGGACGGACAACGAGAUCAAGAACCACUGGAACACACACAUCCGCAAGAAGCUGCUCCGGAUGGGGAUCGACCCCGUCACCCACCUCCCAUUGCAGGAGCCGCCCGCUCCUCCUCCUCCUCCUCCUCCUCCUCCGGAGCAGGAGCCGGACGACCAGGAAGAAGAACCGCAGCAGCAAGAGCAGCAGGCCGGGAAGCUCAUGCAGGAGGGCGGCGCGGGGGAAGACGACGUCGCGCCGAUGGUCCAGCCGCACGAGACCAUCAUGGCGCCGCCACCACCGCCCACGACGGCGGCAAGCAACUGCGGCUCUGCUGCUGUUUCCUCUGCCUCCGCCGGGUCCGCGUCCGUGGUCUCGCCGUCCUGUUCCUCCUCCUCGGCCUCAGCCCCCGCGGUGACCGGCGUGGAGGCGACGGAGUGGCCGGAGCCCGUGUACCUGUUCGGCAUGGAUGGCAUCAUGGACGCCGGCUGGGCCGGCCUCUUCCCCAGCACUGGCGCUGGCGCUGGCGGCUGCUUCGGCUUGGGCGGCGUCGAUCCGUUCGACCAGUACCCCGGCGUCGGCGUCGGCGGCGCCGGCUUCGAUCAAGAUGACGGCCACUGGAUGUGACGCGCGCGCUUGAUCGCCGUCCUUCCAUCUCGCUUAGCAAGUUACUCCUAGCAUCAUAGCGCCAUAGCCUAGCUUGUAGCCUCCAUGUGUUUCUUAGCUCUCUUUGGACUGUGCAUGCGUGGCCAUGGCCGUCGAUCGAUCCAUCCUUGCAUUGCUCGGUCGUUCAACUUUAAUCCAGUGCUGAUAUAAAACAGGAAUUGACAAA